CACAGAACUCAUGCAUGUAAGCAAGAGAUGCUUUAUUCAACCCCAAACAUUUACAUUUUAACAACCAACUAACUCAUACACCACGCUAUUCUUAGUACAAAGUGGUAGUAGCGCCAUUUCCGCCCAUCCACACGACCCUUAUUCUCAGCCAAAUUUGUUGACAAUCAAGUGGCAAUAUUACGGUUGCACCUUAACUACUAAUAGUACCAUUAGCACCAUAUAAAUCAUGUCAUUACAAAAGUUAACUGCUGAGUUGUACCAGUCAUUUGAGCAGGGUAAUUACGAGCAAUGUCAAAAGCUCUUACCUCCCAUUCGAAUUGAGUUAAUUAAACAUAAUUUAUUAGUUCCAUUAUUAAAUAAUACUACCACUAAGAAUCAAAUUAAUGAUUUAAAAAUCAGUCAACGAAUUCUUGAAAUAGGAGUCUUAAGUUCUUUAUUAACCAAUAAUUACACCGGGUUUGAGAAUUUCUUUUCUCAAUUAAAACCAUUUUAUCUCAAUAAAAAGUUAUAUCAUAAACAUGAAUUGAAUACUGAUACCACAAAAAUCAUAUCAUUAAAUCUUUUAUAUCUUUUAUCAAAGGGUUUAAUCUCCAAUUUUCAUAUUGAAUUAGAAAUAAUUUUCAAUUCAGAUCAAUAUAAUAUUGAACAAGACAAAUAUUUACAAUUCCCCAUUAAUUUAGAACGAAAUCUAAUGGAAGGAAAUUAUAUCAAAAUUUGGAAAUUAUUAAAUCAAAAGACAAAUUUACCAUGUAUUGAAUAUGAGCAUUUCAUAGAUACUUUAAUUCAUGCAUUAAGAUUUGAAAUUUCAAAAUCUAUUGAUAAAACCUAUAAAUUCUUACCUAUCAAUAACUGUAAAAAUUUAUUAUACUUCCCACAAGAACUUUCUGAUAGUGAAUUUGAGAAAGCUUUGUUUGAAGAAUUUGGUAUAAACAACUGGAGACUUGAAAACGGUAAUAUAUACUUUGAUAAAUCUGAUGGUGAUAUUGAUUUAGAAGGUGAAGAAGAAUCUCAAGAACAUGCCGUCAUUAAGAAUGUAUUAGGUUAUUCAGAACAAAUUGAAUCUAUUGUUUAAUGAUAUAUAUGAUAUAGACUCGUAAAUUAAUCUUAAUAUUAGAUAUAUAUAACUAU